CGCUCCAGCCCAGCCCGCCGCUCACCUGGCGCCCGCGGCUCACCUGGCGCCCAGCGCGCCCCCGGCUUCCAGCCCUUCUCACGGCCACAGCCUUUCGCGGCCGCACGCCGCGGCGCCCACCUGCGACACGGUUUGCCACGUGCUCCGGACGCGUCGGAGGAGCCCCCUCGGCCUGCGAGCUCCAAGAGGCCAGGGGUUAAAAUGAACGGAGACCCGAAGGUCAAUUUCAGCGGCUUGCUUCGGGAUUACUUAGAUGCCGGUGCUGCUCCAGAGAACAUCUCGGCUGCCGUCUCCCCCCAGGUUCCUGUUGUGGAGCCACAGCCAGAGCUCGUGGUCAACCCCUGGGACAUUGUCCUGUGUACCUCAGGAACUGUCAUCUCCUGUGAAAAUGCUGUGGUGGUCCUCAUCAUCUUCCAUAACCCCAGCCUCCGAGCACCCAUGUUCCUGCUGAUAGGCAGCCUGGCUCUGGCAGACCUGCUGGCGGGCAUUGGACUCAUCAUCAAUUUUGUUUUUGCCUACCUGCUUCAGUCAGAAGCCACCAAGCUGGUCACAAUUGGACUCAUUGUCGCCUCUUUCUCCGCCUCUGUCUGCAGCUUGCUGGCCAUCACUGUUGACCGCUACCUCUCCCUGUAUUAUGCUUUGACAUACCAUUCGGAGAGGACAGUCACAUUUACCUAUGUCAUGCUUAUCAUGCUCUGGGGGACCUCCAUCUGCCUGGGACUGCUGCCCAUCCUGGGCUGGAACUGCCUCAGAGACGAGUCCACCUGCAGCGUGGUCAGACCACUCACCAAGAACAACGCGGCCAUCCUUUCCAUCUCCUUCCUCUUCAUGUUCGCGCUCAUGCUCCAGCUCUACAUUCAGAUCUGUAAGAUCGUCAUGAGGCACGCCCACCAGAUAGCCCUGCAGCACCACUUCCUGGCCACCUCGCACUACGUGACCACCCGGAAAGGGGUCUCCACCCUGGCCAUCAUCCUGGGGACCUUUGCUGCUUGCUGGAUGCCUUUCACCCUCUAUUCCUUGAUAGCUGAUUACACCUAUCCCUCCAUCUACACGUAUGCCACCCUCCUGCCCGCCACCUACAAUUCUGUCAUCAAUCCUGUCAUAUAUGCUUUCAGAAACCAAGAGAUCCAGAAAGCCCUUUGCCUCGUUUGUUGCGGCUGCAUCCCAUCCAGCCUCUCCCAGAGAGCUCGGUCACCCAGCGAUGUGUAGCAGCCUUCCACUCCCAAGCUCCUGCACACCCAGCGCUGCAUUUACCAAGCACUUCCACUGCCCGGCCAACGGUUGAGAUGCUUUCCUUAAAUUCUUUAUACUGGAUUCUCUUUGGAUCCACAGGAACCCUUAGCAUUUGUGAAGCUUCCAGUCAGAUGAGUUAAGUAAUUGAAGCGAAAAUAAUCUUACCAGUGUUUUCACCCUUUUAAAAAAAAGGUGUUGAGUUCUUUGCUCAACAUUUUUUGUGUGUGUGUUUUGUUUGGGAAUGGGGGAUUUGUUUUAUAUUUUAUUUGGAGACAAGGUUUUUAUAUUUUAUUUGUUUGGAGGGUUGGUGGUGGUUCAGAAAGGAAGGGAUGUGACAUGACCAUGAUGUUAUACAAAAGUAAACUGGUCCCAGAGUUUUUACCUGGACUUCAAAAUAAAACUGAGUUAUUGAGGAAAAU